GAGAGAGAGAGAGAGAGAGAGUGUAAAUUAGUACAAGAAAGACUUCAUUCAUAUUUGAACGAAUGACUACAAAAUACACUCAACCACCGCUAAUAAAUUAAAGACAGGAAUGAUGUGUGUGACAAAUUGUUGUGUGAGUGACAAAAUGGAGAGCCCUUUGCUCACCCAAGACAAAGAGGAGGACCUCACAAAAUCUGCCAUGGCAGCAUUUCGUGCCAAGGAAGAUGAAAUCGAGAGGAAGAAAACUGAGAUGAGAGGGAAAAUUGAAGCUCAGUUGGGACGUGUGGAGGAAGAAGCUAAGCGCCUCACCGGAAUUCAUGCUGAGCUCGAUGCUGUUAAUGAUCCAAUGAGGAAAGAAGCUGAAAUUAUCUGCAAGAAGAUUGACCUUAUUACUCGAGACUUGAAAUCUUUGGGCUUGCACUGUGAGAAGAAGGAAAAAGAGUAUAAAGAAGCCGUUGAGGCUUUGAAUGAGAAGAACCAGGAAAAGAGUCAGCUGGUUGCCAAAUUAGUUGAGUUGGUGACUGAAAGUGAGAGAUUGAGGCUGAAGAAAUUGGAAGAGCUUUGCAAUGAUAUAUAGAAGAGAACUAUUAAUUAUCUAGGAUACUGACUGCAAAUUUCAAUAUUUUUCUGCUUUAUCUGGUGUUAUUAUUGUAUUUUCUGGGUUUUUAAUUUGUUCUGGUGUUAUUAUAGUAUUUUCUGGGUUUUUAGUCUGUUGGGUUUGAUUGUUUCGAUCUUGUAUUUACGGGUGAUUUUCUUUUUCUUUUUGUUUU